ACAUUGACAGACUUUGUGAAAUGGCUUGGAAGAGAAGGAAAAUGCAAGGUGGAUGAGGGUGAAGGAUGGUUUGUACAGCAUGUAGACCGUGACCCAGAAACAAUUGCCAUGCAAGAAGCUGUUCCCCGCAAGGAGAAGAUCGACAGAGACGACCAAGAGAUGAUGAUGGCCUUUACUAAAAAGCAAAUUGAGAAGGGGAAAGAAAGUUCCAAGAAUGACACACCCAUCUUCACGGAGUUUGUGCGACCAAGAGAGCAACAUAAAAUUGUUGUAAAUUUGAAGGUAGAAAGAAAAAGGGAUGAGGACAUGAAAAAUAAAAUUUUGGUGGCAAGUAAUGCAUUGAAGAAUGGUUCUUCAGCAGAAAACAAAAAAGACUCUAGAGAAUCUGGAAGAAGGAGAGGUGAAAGGAGAUUAUCAGCCCUUGGUGAGAUCAUUAAAGAUGAAGAGAAC